GCCAGCUGUAGCAGAACCAGAGCUGAAGAAGAAGAAGAGUUCUCCGUUUUCCUACAAUGGCGAUUUCGAGCUCAUCGAUGGCUUCCUUCUUCGUGUUCCUCUGCCUCGCCUUGGUCCUCGUUGGCCCUUCUUCCCUCUGCACAGCCCGUUCGUCGGGGUGGGUAGGAGGCAGGACGAAGGUGCCCAACGUCCAAACCAACCUGGAGGUUCAGGAGCUGGGGAGGUUCUCGGUGGAAGAGCACAACCGGAGGGAUGGCGCCGACGUGGUGUUCCUGCGAGUGGUGGAGGCGCAACGGCAGGUGGUGUCGGGGAUCAUGUAUUACCUCCGCAUCGAGGGUGUGGAGGGCGGCGCCACCAGGCAGUUCGACGCCUCGGUGGUGGUCAAGGCCUGGUUGAGGUCCAGGGAACUCGUUUCCUUUGAGCCCGCUGCAUAACCAGAUGCCUCUUGUUCCUUUCUCUUUUUUCCUCCGUUUUCCUUUUGGAGGUGGGAGUUUUCCUGUGAGAGGUAUUUAUGCCAGAGAAGGCAUUAAAUAAUGGAUACGAGGCUUUCCUGAAUGUGUGCAUGGUUUUGAGGUAGCUGUAGUAAGUUACGGCCAUGGACCUCGCGGAAAGACGGAUGAAGAAAAUGGCAGCUAUAAGAUGCUGCUCUGUUGUAUUUACGAGUGUAUGAUCUUAAAUUUUCAUAAGUAAGACGAAAAAACAAAAGU